AUGCGAUCAUCACAUACAAAUAAUUAUUCAUCGAAAUAUCGUCGUCGUUUUACAACAGAAACAUUAUUUCGAUUAAUUAGUCAAACAAAUCGUUCGGAAGAUAUUCGAUCAUUUUCUAUUAAUGAUAAUGAUCAACAAACAAAUGGUUUUUUAGUUGAAAAUGAUCUUCGUCAUCUUUGGGAACUUCUUUCUCAAAUGAUACGUAAAAGACUACUUAAACAUGAACCAUGUUUAUUACCAGAACUUGGUGCUUUUGUUAUUAUUGAUUAUCCAUCAUCAUCAUCGGAUAAUCAAAAUUCUCUAAUGAAAGAACCAUUUUUUGUCUUGGAUACAACAUUUGCACGUCGUCAUCGUUUAUCACGUAUAAAAAAACCAAAUCUUUCAUCGGCACUUUCAUUAUCACUUCAAGCUAAUGGAAAAUCUUCACAUAUUGAAGCAAAUACAACAUUAUCAUCAUUUAAUAUGCAAACAUUAGAUUAUGUUUCAUUACAAAAUCAAUCAGGUUUAACACGUGAACAAUUAAUGAUAGCUAUAUCACAAUUAUUUGCUAUUAUUGAUAAUGAAAUUCAUCCACAUGGUUAUUGUGAUUUAGAAUUUCCACAAUUGGGACAUUUUAGAAUUUCAUUUGGAUUAGCUACAUUUCAAUUUAGUGAAUCAUUUAUUACUGAAUUUAAAUUAACACUUGUGAAAAUUGAUUCAGCAUCAAAUGACAAAUAA